AUGGAGGAGUCAUUGGACAUCGCAAACGUUCAAGAUCAUGGGCUGCCGGUCGUCGAGCCAAGCGAUAAGUGUGAAGUGCAGCCCUCCUCUCCAACUUCCAAGCAGGACAAGGACACCGGCGCCACUGUGGCAGAUGACUGCAACGGCGGCCGCGGCGGGGAGGGCUUCAGCAGCAGCCUCCCUGCUUGUGGUGUGCGCCUGACACCCGAGGCUGAGGCAAUGGCCCAGUCAAUGCGUCGCUCGGUGCCCCUUCGGCGCCCCGAAUGCGAGGUCAGCGUAGUUUGUUUCAACAUGCUCCUGAAAGGCUUCGACGAAAAGUGGUACUAUCCCAGUAUUGGACCGGAGCUUCGCGCCUGGAGCUACAGGAAACCGCAGCUGCGCGAGUUGCUGUUCGGCAUGGACGCCGACAUAUAUUGCAUGCAAGAGGUAGAGGUCGCGUCCUUCGCAGAGGAGUUUGCUUUUCUCGCAGAGGGGGGCUAUGCAGCAGUGGAGCCAAGGGACGACUCAAAAGGGAAGAAGCGGCCAGAAAUGGCCAAGAGUGCGAUCUUCUUCAAAUCCAGCCGCUUCGAGCUGGUGUGGAGUGAGAACAGAUCUCGAGCGGUCUUAGCUGCUUUGAAGCAUGUACCCACAGAUGAGCUGAUCUAUGUUGUCAGUUGCCACUUAGAGGGAGCAAAGCCAGAGGCGGCCGCCCGCGUUAGCCAAGUCAAGAGUGCACUGGAGCGCUUGCGCUUGGAUCAGCUCCGACGAAAUCUCGAUCCCAAGGAGUGUCCGCUGAUCUUCGCAGGGGACUUCAACUGUGAAGAAGACUCGGCAGUGUGCCACCUCCUCUCGUCUGGGGCGCUCUCCAAAGACUUCCGUGACCCGUGGGCCCCUGACAAGGAGCUCCUUAAGGCAGACUUCUCCCACGAAUGGGCACUCCGAGACCUCUAUGGCGAGGUUUGUGGCAGCUUGCUGAAGCAGAGGCCUGUGACGUUUUGCAGCCCGAAUGAUGCUGGUGGAGCACCCUUGGCAGCAUGCGUGGACUUCGUCUUCUACUCCCACCUCUCCCUGCGUCCAACUGCAGUGCGGCUUCCCCUUGAUGAGGCACAGGAGGAAGCGGCCAGAGCUCGGGCGAUCCCUGCUGACUGGCACAUCAGCGACCACGUUCCUCUCGGCGGCGUUUUCGCGAUCAGGAAGGCAGAAGAGAAGACAGAUGCCAGCUCGAUUGAGCUAGUUUGA